AUGGGCCAGCAAGAACAACACACAUCAAUGAAGCACUCGACAGCGACACAAGCGAAUGACGAAAUGGUAUCCUCAGUUUGGGGGCAGACACCCAACCAUCUCUCCCGAAGACGUAAACAACUAGCCCUUACUACUAUCACCACUCUUGCACUCUGUCUGGUUUGGAGAGUUUCAGAUAAUGCCAAUGGUAAUCAUCUAGCCUCGACCUUGGCUACGUUGAACUGCGUCUUCUGGAACGGCAUUCUCAUCUCCAAGAAAAUUUGGCUAUUCAUGCUACCAAUGUCAAACUCCUUGGGCGAGCCAACCCAUCAUGGUGAAGACACUACUUCAUGGCCUGAGGAAACCUCCGACUACCAAUCCAUCCUAGUAGGCGAGAGGGGAGCGAAUAGAAUCCUGCAACGACACUAUCACACGCAACUCGGCAUUACCAAUGCUUACAACAACAUGGAAAAUGGCGUGAUGAGAUCCGAUCUCCUAGGAGACCUUGCCCUCAGCGUUGAGGGUGGGAUGCAUGCAGAUACGGACACAUUCGCUCUCAAAGCCAUCGAUGAUCGGUUACCUCUCGAGCAUCGGGACUAA